AUGCCUGGCGAGGCGAAUGUGGAUGACCGCGACGACAUGUACAUGGCCGCGUCCGGCAUGCAUCGUCCAGAUGCAAGCACGUCGUUUCGACACAUGAAAAUGGCAUGCGGUGAAAAUGCAUUGAAGUACAAUCUCUUUGGAUUCCCUAUUGCGGCAUUUCACCAUGCGCACGAAACGUACCUCGUGCCUUCCUUGCUCCAUGCAGCUCCUGGUGGUGCCCCAGCCGUUGCGAUCUUUUCGACCAACGCGUACUACAAGUACGAGUCGUACUUUGGAACGCCAUUCCUCGCUGACCUGCUCAAGGCGCACAACAUCACGCCUAUCUUCAAAAGUGACCACCCUGUAACUGAUUCCCGUCGUCUUGUAAAUCAGGCCGCGCAAGCACAUCACUAUGGCCUCGAUGCUCUCGAUGCUCUUCGCGGUGUCACGUCUGAGCCAGCGCGCGUAUUGGGUCUUGAUUAUCGCGUAGGCUAUAUUGCCCCUCGCAUGGAUGCAGAUGUUGUCUUGUGGGAUCGCCACCCGCUGCAGCUUGGUGCUACGCCCGUCGUUGUGUAUGUGGAUGGUGUGUCGCAGCUCUCACAGCAUUCGUCUACCGAGCAUGAAUCAGGCGCUGAUAUUCAUGGUCGCAAGCCCGCAUCAGCACCGCCCUCUGCCGACUUUUCAUACGAACGCAUGCGUGUGCUGAAUGAGACAGAUGCCAUUGUCCAGUCUGCGUCGCCUCCGUUCCCCGAGCCGAUCGCACAUACCUCGUCUGUUGUGCUGACCAAUGUGUCGCGCAUUUUCCAGCGCAAGAAUGGCACUAUUCAGACACUUGAUCUUGCUCGUGGCUCCCUCGUGUACGAUGAUGGGAAGAUCACUUGUAUUGGUGCUCGGCCCAGCGAUUGCGCAACUCACGUACCUGCCCACGCCCAUCAGGUCGACCUGCAUGGUGGUAUGAUUCUUCCUGGCCUAACGGCGUACGGCAGCACACUCGGCCUGUCAGACAUCCCCAGCGAAACAGAUGCCUCAAGUGGCGACGAUGUAUCGAUGUUGACACACCACUUGCGUCCUGAUCUUGCGCGCCCUGUUCCGCGGGCUGAAGACAGUCUUAUGUUCGACGGCCAUGCGCUCCUGCGUGCGCAUGCCUCCGGCAUCACGACGGCUGUCAGUGCGCCGGCCGUACGCGGUAUGUUCGGUGGUGUGUCUGCUCAUUUUGAUACUGGCGCACAUUCUGUGCUGGACAAGCUGAGUGUACGUGCAUCCGAUGUGGCAUUGCAUGUCUCGCUCACGCCUCCAUCAUCCUCUUUUUCAAGUGACGGCCGCGACAACACAGGCUAUACAGCUUCGAUGGCAACGCAGUUGGCUCUCUUGCGCAGCAUGAUAUCGGAGCCCACGACCAUGGAAUGGCGUCGCGUCGCGAACGGUGAAUGGCCAUUGGUCGUCAAGGCAGAUGCAUAUGGCACCGUUGCCAAGCUCAUCUUACUCAAGCGAGCAUUCCCACAGGUGCGUCUGGUCAUUGAUUCGGCUGGUGCUUUGCAUGGAGUGGCUGCUCAGCUCGCUGAAGCAAACAUCCCGGUCUUGAUGCCUGCCAAGGUUUGGAUGUAUAGUUGGGAGCAAAGACAUCGGCUUAUGGGUCCUCCACUCACUCGUGAUACGGAACUCGGCGUCUUGCUCCGUCAUGGCGUCCAAGUGGGCAUUCGAAUUCAAGAGGCUUGGGAAGCAGCAAACUUACUAUGGGAUACCGUGUGGGCUGCCCAGGAAGCGCACAUGGGCAGUGCAUCUGACAUACUUGCCCUUGUAACAACAAAUAUCGAACACAUGCUAGGGCUCAACACAUCUGAGACCACUGACUUUGUUGCAUUCGAUCGUGAUCCUUUUUCAUACGGUGCCAAGGUUCUUGCGAUUGGCACGGCUCGCUCAUGCGAGCUAUUCGCCUAG